UUUUAUUGUGAACAGGUGUACCGGAAGUGUUAUUCGACGCUAACCGGCUGCUGACAGAUUCGGAAACAGUCGGUGGACUCAGUCAAAACCCCGUUACUCGGUAGAUUUAACGGUCAGCUUGAGUCCCUCCACCGGCUAUAAACGGUCUUGUCUUCUUCUCUGUUCCCGCCUUGAUUUAAAAAUGGCGGCUGUUUGAGCAGAUCACGGUUUCAGCAGCCUGGAGCCCUGAAUCAGUCUGUAGCCGUCUCUACCCACCUGUACCCGUCUGUAGCUGUCUCUACCCACCUUUAGCCGUCUCUACCCACCUGUACCCGUCUGUAGCUGUCUCUACCCACCUGUAGCUGUCUCUACCCACCUGUAGCUGUCUCUACCCAUCUGUACCCGUCUCUACCCGCCUCUACCCGUCUGUAGCUGUCAGUACCUGAGUGUCAGCGUGGCUGUGGUGUCGUCCUGGUGGAGGAGCAGGCUGAUGGAGAGCGACUGCCGGAUCCCCGUGGCGUGUUGUCGGCCACGAGUCCUCGUCCUCCACGCUCUGUUCUGGGGACUUGUCUCCCUCAGAGUGUUUGGAGCGGCUCUGCUGAGUGAAGAGAGAUCUGCAGUGAGACAGCUGGUCUCCCCCUGCUGGCUGCUGGAGGACUUCGUGGUGACCACCGAGUGUUCGCAGUGUAACGCCUUCCAGUCGACGUCGUGGUCGUCCUGCGCAACGACGGGAUACGUGGAGAGAGUUAACUGCACCAGAUCCAACAAGGACGAGUACAAGAGCUGUCGCUCCGCAGUGUUGGAGGAACAUCUCUUCUGGAAGUUCGAGGCGGCCAUGUUGGCUCUGACAGUCUCCUUUGCCGUCGUGGUGGUCGUCCGUCAGCGCUGGCUCGACCGCCUCGCCUCUGAAAAGGUCCGCCGGCAGAUCGAGUCCAUCUAAGGACACCUGGACCUGAUCCUGAUCAGUUGCUUUAAUCCUGCAGCAGCAGUUUAAACUGAUCGAGACUCUAAAGACACUAAGAUCCAUCAGGGAUCAGGACUAAAGACAAGAACCUGUGAACUUUAUUUAAAUGGAUUUCGAGACAGAACGAGCGGCUGAAAGUUUAAAGUGAAGUUUUCUGUAAAACUUUUAAACAGGAACAUCCAGUGAACUUCAGGAAACGUGAGAAUAAAGUGUUAAAAGAUUAAAACUACCAAAACUUUUCUAAAUGUAACUUGUUAAAAUGUAAUUUGAUACAAAUACAAUCUGAGAAAAUGAUGGAAGUUUAGACUUGAAGUUCCUUAUUAAAAAUGUACUUUUGAUAUGAAAUGAA